AUGCAUUGUCAAAUGGGGAUCAUCCUCUAUUCGGCGGCAAAACCUGGCAUAAACAGUGGUUAUUUCCCGGCUGUUAAUGUUCGGGAAGAAUUACGAAUGAGAUGUUUCCGAUUGUCACAAAAGAAGUCAUCCGAUUCAACUACUGUCCAAUCGACCGAACUACAACAUUCUUCGCCGGGAUCAUUCAAUACGGAAAUGAGUCUCUUAUCAUCGAUAUUAGAGCAUGAUGCAACAAUCCCUCAUGACAAAAUAUUUUCCAUAUACCCAUUACUUCAAUUUUGGAUUCUGGAUCUCCCCCAAAUCAAUUACGAUCAACCUUUCGAGAUGCUAUGCGAGGAACUGACUAGAUGCUGGUUUAACUCAAAGAAAAAUCUUAGCAUCAUUCUUCUAGCUGCCCGUCUGCCAGGUAGAGAUGCACGUCUGCCGUCUUGGGUACCGAAUUGGGGAAACCGACAGUCGGCGCUUGACUAUAGACUGGCCAUUCAUAAAACUGAGGCUGGCAAUUUUCGGGGGAAAUCUUGUAAGCACAAUCGUGCUUCAAAUGGCUCUUUGCUAGAUGAGUCUUAUGGAAAAAUAAUCGGAGAACUCCACCUACGAGGUCUGAGUCUGGGUCUUAUCUUGCGUGUGCUUGUUUGCGAUAUUCCUGGUCAUUUAUCUGACAUUCAAUACCCCGAGAUUUGGACGGUCUUUAGAGCUUGGUGUUGUUCCGUCAACGAUUCAUCUUUGUACUCUACAAUCAGGGAAUCUCUGGACGCAUUGAGAUCUACAAUAUAUGCCUCUAGUUCUAAUCAUGAUUAUAAACACCCAGUGUUCAGGGUGAUAUACGGGCUUCUAUAUGAUUUGAUGCUUUAUCCAGAUUGUCAGCUGUUAGAUUCAGCGCAGGCUAAAAAAGCUUAUGAGCUUUUUCUGAAGGCAGUAGGUGGAGAUGAACCGUAUAUGAAGGCUCUUAAUGAGAUGAGCGAUUUUUUGAGCACCUUCUUGACUGACAAUCGCGCUUCCUUGUGCAGCUCCUUGAUUGACAAUUGGAGUCCAGACUUGGAUUACCGUUCUGAUCUCGAUUUCAAAUACUCUAUGUCUCGCGCUUAUGAUAGCAUCAUAUUAACAAUAAUAAGACUCAAAUUAAGAUUCAUUGAUCUACAGAAUCACUCUCUCCUUAUCACUGAAAAUUGCUGCGGUUUGUCUGCCUACACAGCACGAGAAGGAGACGAGGUUUUUCUACUGAAAGGACUAGAUGUACCAGUCGUCUUGCGACCCAAUGGCGAGAACUACUCAUUUGUUGGUCCUUGUUCGUACAUUCAUGGGGUUAUGGAAGGCCAAAGAUGGCCAGAAGACGAAUCCGAGCUGCAAGAUCUUGUUCUUGUUUAG